CUUCAUGGGAGGAGUUUUUUACAGCCAGGUCACACCCCCUGCACUAUAGCUCUCUGUACUUAGAAAAAAAAUACUAAGGAGCGCAAAGCCCGGCCGUCACACUGCUAGAAAAACAUGAUCCAGAGAAGAGCGACUCCUGCGCUUCAACACUUGAGACAACAACAAUUUCACUGCGAAUAAUUUCAAACCCCACAGACCAUCGCUGAGUCUGCUCCGUGCUCAACUAUUCUCCUCUCCAUUCUCUCUUUCAAUUUUUUUUUUUUUUUUUUUUUUUUAUCUUUCCUGCGCUGGAUCUUUCGUGCCAGAAAAUGUGCGUGGAGAGCGAUGGAUGCGAGAUUGAAGGCUGCAGCAGUUCGGAUGAGGUGCGCACGCUCUCGGGCAGCAUGAGCCCAGCGCUGAAAUCCAAUCCGGACCUUCACCCGUGCAAACCGGGGCAGAAAUUCCGCGCGGCGCUGCUCAGAUGCCGCUCACCGGCUGCUGCCGCCGGGAUCCUCAGUUUUGGGAACGUCCUCAAUUACAUGGAUAGAUACACUGUAGCCGGUGUUGUGCAAGACAUCCAGCGGCAUUACGGAGUGACAGACAGUGGAAUCGGCUUGUUGCAAACAGUCUUCAUCUGCAGCUUCAUGGUGGCAGCUCCCAUCUUCGGUUACCUGGGCGACCGAUUCAACAGAAAGGUCAUCCUGAGCUGUGGCAUUUUCUUCUGGUCCAUUGUUACUCUGCUGAGCUCCUUCAUCAGCAAAGAGUAUUACUGGCUGUUUGUACUCUCCAGGGGACUGGUGGGUAUCGGAGAGUCCAGCUACUCUUCCAUCUCUCCCACCAUCAUAGGAGACCUGUUCACUAAUAACAGCCGCACCAUGAUGCUCUCUGUCUUCUACUUGGCCAUCCCCCUGGGAAGUGGGUUGGGUUACAUCCUGGGCUCCAGCGCCAAGGUGGCUGCAGGGGACUGGCACUGGGCACUGAGGGUGUCUCCAGUUUUAGGGAUCACCGCUGGAACUCUCAUCCUGCUCUUUGUGCCAGAGCCAAAGAGAGGCAGCGCUGACCAGAUGGGACGCAUCAAGACCCGCACGUCCUGGCUCUGUGACAUGAAGGCACUCGCCAAGAAUCGGAGCUAUGUGUUCUCCUCCCUGGCGUCCGCGGCAGUGUCUUUUGCCACAGGUGCAUUUGGUAUGUGGAUCCCUCUGUAUCUGUUCAGAGCCCAGGUGGUGCAGAAGACGGCGGAGCCCUGCACAAAUGGGAUCUGCAGCAGCACAGACAGCCUAAUCUUCGGGGCGAUCACCUGUGUGACGGGUCUGUUAGGCGUGGUCAUCGGGGCGGCCACCACACGCCUGUGCCGCCAGAAGACAGAGCGAGCCGACCCGCUUGUGUGCGCUGUCAGCAUGCUGGGCUCAGCCAUCUUCAUCUGCCUCAUCUUUGUGGUGGCCAAGAAGAGCAUCAUAGGAGCUUAUGUUUGCAUCUUUAUUGGAGAGACACUGCUUUUCCUGAACUGGGCCAUAACAGCAGACAUUUUAAUGUUUGUCGUUAUCCCCACGAGGAGAGCAACAGCGGUCGCCUUUCAGAGCUUCACCUCUCAUCUCCUGGGUGACGCAGGAAGUCCGUACCUGAUAGGCCUGAUCUCCGACGCCCUUCAGGAGAGCUACGCUACGUCAGCGCUGUGGCGGUUCCUCAGCCUGGGCUAUGCCCUCAUGCUCUGUCCCUUCAUCAUCGUCCUGGGGGGCAUGUUUUUCCUGGCCACUGCGUUGUUUUUCCUGGAUGACCGGGAGAAGGCCGAGAAACAGUUGAGCCAGCUGACACGGCCACCCUCUUCAGUCAAGGUAUGACCAGGUGACAGCCACAUGAGGAGCCAUAUGAAGGAGCAACCAAACCCAAUAAGGAUGGAGAUUGAAAAGUGAGGGCAGCUGAUCCACUUCUUUAAAACCACAUCCAUGUUCUCUUCACCGCUGUCACCGCUACGAUCAUCCUCCUCUUGGCUCCUGCUGCUCUUCCUUUCUACACUCUGGUGGAGGCUGCUCAGAACUGGAACGAGGGAGCGUCUUGCCCCUCCUUGAAACGCCUCCAAAUCACAGGUCGGUGAGAAGGCGCACAGCAGUGUGCUGAACCCGGCCGGCUGACAGCUGGUGUCCUCUUCACCUCUGUCUGCCAGGAUCCACUGAACCUUCCAGGGAGGAGGUGGGGUGGCAAAAUCCCCCGUGACCCCUCCAACUCCUGAUGUCAUACUACUGAAUGCUGACCAUGAACCUGCCCUGUCUGUCUGCUUGUCUGUCCAACAGUCUAUCUCUAUCUGUCUGUCUGUCUGUCUGUUACAUCGGCUGUCAGUCUGCACCAAGUGCCAUAGCGUCAUUACAUUCCUUCAGACUUUGCACUGACCACCGACAACCCUCAUGACUUCAUCACUGACUAUGUUUACAUGCACACUAUAAUUCAAAUGACUUUGAUUAAGCAGUUUGCAUAUCUCUGCCAGACAACAGAAGCAGCUGCAUUUAUGAACUGCAGUUUGGUGUCUCUGUUGCUCUGAUGCAAAUCUUCCCCAAUUCAUUCUGCCCUGUAAACAGACAGAAGCUGUAAAUUGGAGCCAAUGAUGCAACUUGUUUAAAUUUGCUGCAGGAAUAUAAUUCACAAGUGGUGUUCAUCUGUUUAAACAAGCCUCCAAUGAUAGGACUAACAUCAGAUUACUCUGCUAAUCUGAAAGGAAUACUUCGCCUGCAAAAAUACCAUUUGUAUAUCAAUAAUUCACCCCAUGUUACAAUGAAUUUAGGGAAAAAAAAAACUUUGUAUUUUGCACCACCCUUCACAGUGAAUGGAGAAUCCAAAAACGAAGAAACGUGUUUACAAACUCUCACACAACUGGUGCAUCAUCAAGUCUCAUUUAUCCAGUCACAUGUUCACUAUUUCCUAAAUACAUGCAUUUUCUGUGGGGGUUCUGCAAGGACAAAGUCACGUGGUGAGUGACGCUAGCCAUUGAUUUACCACGUUUCAUUUCGCAUUGACCCCACACACUUUGUGACAGAAUGCAAUGUAAGUUUUUGAUUGACCUUCACUGUCCACCGUCACUGUCCCAGAGGGUUCUGUGAGCUGAACGGACUAGAAAUAUCAGCUGUUGCUAAGUUGUUUCUAAGGUUUAUCCUAUUAACUGGAGAUGUAACUCACAUUUCCACCGCAUAAGAACCUCAUGGGGAACAGAUUGUUCCAGGUAUUAGGUAUUAGGUAAACCCUCAGGUGUAAAGAGGUAAACCAAGUUAUAGCUUCUGAAAAACUUCAGAUUUUGAUUGCAAAAAGCAUAAAAAUAUUAGUGAAUAUUAUUAGUUAAUUCCACCACAAGUAAAAGUCCUGCGUUCAAAACCUUACAUAAAAGUAUGUAAGUAUUAUCAGCGAUACUAAAAGAACUUAAUGUAAAAGUACUCAAGUUUUAUGGCUCGCUAAAAAGAAAAUCCUAGAAGUGUAUUUUCCUGCAGAGACUCUGCCCUCUGCUUGUAUUUUCUUAUUUUCUGUGUUUGGGACAUUGAUAUGUAUGUGUGUGUGUGUGUGUGUGUGUGUGUGUGUGUGUGUGUGUGUGUGUGUGUGUGUACCCCUGAAGCGCUCACGUGAUGUCAGGGCUUUAUAAAAAGGUGGCGACCAGGUGUCAGACUGUAAGCAGCAGGCAUCCAAGACACACAACGACCAAAAAAUACAAAUAUAGCGAGGCAAAACGCUAAAUGAGAAUGAAACUGGUGUUGGCUCUUACUUUCUUUUUCGCUGGCAAAUGUGUUGACAAACAGUAACCGACAAUCCUGCGUCGUACACCCUUAAACGCAAAUUUCGUCCACCUUGGAGACAUGCGAGAAAAACAAAGCUUUCUUCACUAAUUCAACAUAACACAGGGCAAUUAAUUGAAAUCGAAUGGUAAUUUAGCAGGUGAAGUUUUCCUUAAAUCACAGUAUUAACAAGAUGUACUUCAAAUGUAAAUACAGUGUUUACAUGAUGAAUGCAGUAUUCUCAUAUAACCAAUGGAAGUUUGUGCUGUGCAUGUAAACAUAGCCGUCAAACCAAGAGCCAAAAGUGUUACUGUCUAGAGGUCAGUGAAUCAGCCUUAAUAAUUGGAGCUUUCACAUCAACAGCUGUUUCUUUUGACCCCCACAUGUUGUUUUUAUUUUUAGCUUUUAGCACUUAACAUCAGCAAAGACAGUGCCAGAUAACAUGACAGAGAUGAGAGAUUUCUGCACAUUAUUUUUCACAAGAUUUCUUGUAAUUUUUUUUUAUUUUUUAUUAUUAUAUUUUUUUGUUCUGUGUGAUGUUGGAUUUGAAACUGGAGGUUUCUGCCUAUGAUUGUUUCAGAAGGACGUUGAUGCAAUCCGGGCAAUUUAAAGUGGACACUGGACUAUAUAUGUUUUAUAAUUUAUAAUGCUUUUCCCAAAAGUAAAUGAAAUGCUACUCUUUUGACUUUUUAAGGAGUAGCACUUGUGUUUUUGUGUACACGAGAAGCAAUACAAACAUUUUUGAGGAAACCAACCUUUUUAUCCACACUGCCUUAUCAGUGAGCUAGUUUUCUCUUUAAAGGGGCAGCUUUCUGAUGGUUGGUUUUGAAUUUCCGGACACGACACCCACACAGUCGCUUUUAAUGAUGGAUUCCAGUCCAAUCCACACUGGUUACAAUACCAGGCAUUGUGAAAAGAGACCUUUCCCCCUCGCAAUUGUAGAUAUCCCAUUCCACGAUUAGAAGAAAGGACCUUUGAGAAGAGCUGGAGUCACAGUCAUCAGUUUAUUACUGAGGGGAAUCAAAAUCCCAGACAGGAACAGGAAAUCCUUUCGCCCCAGGUUAGACUGAUGGCGAGGAAUCCCCCUUUGAAACCAGACCAGCGUGUCCUCAGAUGUCACAGCAGGAGCUGAAAAACUGAGUCCUCUUCAAUAAAUGCACCAGAGAAUAACAUGGAGGUUUACACACAGGGUUCCCACGGUCAUGAAAUUCCUGAAAAAGUUAUGGAAUUAGAAAAACUGUUUUCCAGGCCUGGAAAUGGUCCCAAAAAAUGUCGAAUAUUAUGCAAAAUACGCUCCUUGUAUUACUAACUUUAAAUCUAGUACUGCGCUGUCUGACUGUUGAAUUGUCACAAGUGUCAUAUGUUACAUAAAAACAAGACCAGAAUUACGUCAUCGCCAAGGCUAUACUCCUUUUGGGGGAAAGAAACACACAGCUGUCGCAUCAGGAGAGAAACAGAAAAAUGUUGAAAUGCUGUUGUAUAGGAAGGUAACCGAGGUUUUCGCACUGAGAUUUGAGCCACAUAAGAUACGUGAAUAUUCACCGUCAGUGCCAUAAAUCACAAAUUGAUGCUGGCAACAGUUUCUACUGAUGGAUAGCUAAUGUUAGCUUGAGUGGAAGGUUGCUGCAGUCACUUUACAGUCACACAGCACAACAACGUCAGACUGUUGUCAGUUAUUUUCAGACAACAUUGAGUCUAAUAAUACCUGAUGGUUCAAUCAAAUGUACAACAACACAGUUUAUUGGGUCAUUCAUUCCCUUGGGUAGAAGAAGCCCGGGGGGACAUGAUGACAAUCUACCUAAAUUUCUAAAAAUCAAUGAAUAGACAUGUCCAUAAAACAACUGUAACAAGAAAUAACCCAGCUGGCUCCACAUUUUAAUAUGACAUCACAAAGACGUUGGACUCUUAUGUUGGACAGACAUUAAAUGUCUAACAACACUAGAAUUUCACCUUGUGUGGAUGUUAAUAUUUUGACAUUUUGCUGACGUUAGGUUUUGGCCUCCAUACCUUACAACUAAAUUACGUUCCUCUACAUCAAAAUAAUGUUAGUAUGAGAUGUUAGCUAAUGUCAAAUUAAAACCAACAAAAUAUCAACCUCAUCUGUUGUCAGUAUUCUACGUUACAUUGAUAUUGGCAUUAAACGUCACCCAACCUAAAUUCAACCAGAUGUUACUGUCUAACAAGCUGGGAAAUACAAACUUGUCAAAAUUAUCAUCAUCUAAACAUACGUCAAAUUGGCAUCUAUAUGACCUUUGGUUUUCUAUCCCCAAAAAGGGGCGUGGCAUUGAUGUUUUGUGAAGUACCCGUAUGUGAAGAUCUGGUCUAUUGGCAUAUGCACCUAGUUGAUGGCGGGAAUGUAGAAUGAGCAAGUAAAGUCACCUCGUGCUAGCAGUUUCUUUGUCUUCAAAUGCCUGGGAAGUGUUAUACUGCUAUAUAGGCUUAUCCAUUAAUACUAAACUACUAUAAUAAAAAGUAAAUUAAAGUUACAAUAAUAUGGAAAAGGUCUGAAAAUGUAUUGGUAAAAAUGUGUGGGAACCCUGUACAUAAAAAUAGAAGUACACAAUUGAUAAAACCUGGAUUUGAUGUCAUCACUCUUUUAAUCUUUAAUUUAGAAUCCCAGAAACAAAGCUUUAGCUAGGUGCUUGUACAUACAGAGAUUUACGCAAACGCUUCAUUUACUUAGAAGCUACCCUGAAGGAUUUUGUUGUUUAUUACCUGGUGGAUACAAUUUUACUGAAACCUUGGAGCCACUAAUGGAGUCAAAGGUUUUAAAACUGGUGCAUAAAAGGGAAAAAAAGCACUUUGCAGACCUCCAAGAAAACACAGGAGGAGGAGGAGGAGGAGGAUGGAGUGACCUUAGCGGAGGAAUAAAGGGAAGCGUUGAGGUGGUUCUUGUAGCAUCGAUGUGUGAGCAUGACUCACUGGCUGUGUGUGGGGUGCUGUGUGGGCUGUGUCCUUGCUGCCAGAUCAUUAGCUUUAGCUUCUCUCCAACUGCGUGGAGCUCUCUGAAUGUGAUUCUGUCCAACCUGACGUGUUUACACACCUACAUCUUCUUAAUGAACUAAGCUUCUUACCUUCCUUUUGUUGAUUUUCUUAAUGUUACCAAAUGAGGUUUUUUUGUAAUAACUACAAUAGAGAGAGAUAUAUAUAUAUAGCUAUAUCACGCAGCAACUUUAAUAUAUUGUAAAUGAUGGCUUGGAUGCAAUGUAUUUAUUUGUUUGUUACCAUAAUGAAGAAUAAUCUAUAAAGGGAAGUUUAAAGUUUGAGUAUACCACACUUUGUUGUAUGUCGUUGGGUUAGAAAAUGCCUGUUCAUCCUUUUGUAUCACAAUGAAACAACACAAUACCUUUUUACAUCACAAGGAUUCAUCCUGUUUACUGUGAUCACCGAUUGGACAUCUCACACAUAUUACACACAAAAGGAACUGCAAUGUGAUGGAUUCAAGACAACUUAUUGGUCUCAUGUUUAGGGUGCAAUAUUUUUGCAUUCAUUUUUGUAGCUCUUGUAAAUGUUGUGGGUUUUUUUUUUUU